AUUCAACGAUACUCCAUCAUUCCAUUGUCAACAAAUUCCGGUUUAAUUGGAUGGGUCCCACAUUGUGAUACGCUACACGCUCUCAUUAGGGAUUACCGGGACAAGAAAAAAAUACUGCUGAACAUUGAGCAUAGGAUAAUGCUGAGGAUGGCACCAGAUUAUGAGCACCUUACCUUGAUGCAGAAGGUGGAGGUGUUCGAGCAUGCUCUUGAGCACACUCAAGGAGAUGACUUAGCCAAACUAUUGUGGCUGAAAAGCCCAAGUUCUGAGGUCUGGUUUGAUCGUCGAACAAACUACACCCGAUCCUUGGCUGUCAUGUCAAUGGUUGGCUAUGUUCUGGGGCUAGGAGACAGACAUCCGUCAAAUCUUAUGUUGGAUCGACUAACAGGCAAGAUCCUACACAUCGACUUUGGUGAUUGUUUUGAGGUUGCCAUGACGAGAGAAAAAUUCCCAGAGAAAAUUCCAUUCCGUUUAACACGAAUGCUUAUCAAUGCCAUGGAGGUGACUGGUAUUGAUGGUAACUAUCGUAUCACAUGUGAGAGUGUGAUGGACGUGCUGAGAGCACACAAGGACAGU